UGUGAAUAAAACGUGUGGCUUUUAAAUGAAUACCGGGGAGUUUGGGUUGAUUUGUGACUUUAAUACUCUGAAAGAAGAAACUCUCUUGUGUGCUGCAUGUUUUGCUCUGUUUUUAUCCACGAUUGCUUACUUUUAUUGAUCUGUCAUUGAAACAGUGGACAGUCACGCUGUUGUGUGUAUACUUCUUGGACCAGUGUAUUACUUCGAAUUUACAGGCUUUUGUGGCAUUUUAUUCAACACAUUUUUAGCAGACUUUUGACAGUAUUAGUCUGAAUGAUAAUAUCCUCCCUUAAGUAGAGAAAAGUACCAAGCAGUGCUAUUUUAUGAUAAUUUCGACUCCCUACAAAAAAGUAUAAUUGGUGUUUGGACUUUUUGGACCAGCGGGUUGCAGCAAAAAGGAAAGAGUGCCCUCGUGUAGUCGGCCUGCGUGAUGAAACUGGACGUCUCCCGAGUGGUGCAGGGCUGUCGCCUGGGGGUCCUGUCCCAGCUGGGCAGGAACGGAGACAGGAGUGUGGAGGUGCCCGGCUGCCUGCUGCCCACGCGCUGCGGAUCGGUCCCCCACCUGACCCACGACACCCUCCGCACGCUGGACUCCCUCCCCGACGCCACCCAGCUGACUCUCGCCAGCCUGGCAGAACACCAGGAAGUGUUGGAAGAGUUAAAAGAAGGAGCCAGGAAGUUCGCAGGCUUGCACGACACAGUGCUGUAUUGCUCUCUUCAUGACCCUGCUGCUCCCUGCCCUGCGGGUUAUGUAACCAACAAGACGGUGUCCGUGUGGGGUAGUGGGGGCCGGAUUGAGCUGACGCCCUCGCGGUUCAUGGCGCUGCAGGCUGCUGUGAAGCCGGACUGGUACCACAGCAUGGCGGACGGGGACACGCGGCAGCCGGGCACCUCCAGAAAGAGGGCGAGGAAGGCCGUGGACCGCAGCCUGGCCUUUCUGGACGAAUGCCUUCAGCUGCACCACAGGAGCGAGGAGUUGAGCAAAGCUGAGAUUCUGGGAGUUGUGGAAGGCGGAGACAUCCUUGAGGAGAGGGUCCGCUCAGCCAGGGAGACAGCCAAGAGGCCCGUGGCCGGCUUCGUUCUGGACGGGUUCCAGCCGUGCGCCAUGAGUGCAGGGGUCCGUCACGCGCUGCUCCUUGCGGUGACUGCCGAGCUCCCGGAUGACAAGCCGAGGCUGCUGCAGGGGGUGGGCCGCCCAGACGAGGUGCUGGACUGUGUCCGGGCUGGCGUUGACCUCUUCGAGGGCUUCUUCCCGUACGAGGUGACCGAGCGCGGCUGUGCCCUCAGCUUCAGCUACGACUUCCAGCCCGACCCGGAGAGAGAAGGUACUGCACGCCAGACAGUGCUGGAGAGAGAUGGCGCGCUGAAGACCGAGGAGGAGGCCGGCACGCGGGAAGGCGACGCUGAGGGGCGGGGACCGGGGUCGCCCUUCGAGAUGAACCUGAGAGACACCAGGUACCGGGAGGACCUGAACCCCGUGAGGCCAGGCUGCUCCUGCUACUGCUGCAGGAGUCACUCCCGCGCCUACGUCCACCACCUCCUGGUCACCAACGAGCUGCUGGCCGGCGUGCUCCUCAUGCUCCACAAUCUCCACCACUACAGCCGCUUCUUCCAGGCCCUGCGGGAGGCGCUGCAGGUGGGGCGGCUGGACUGCCUGCGACGGCAGGUGCUGCAGCCGUGCUCCAGCGCCCCCCAGGGGAGGGAGGAGGCAUGACGGCGGUUCUCUGUGCAGUUGCGUGCUGCAGGGGGCUACAGCUUGUGAUGGGAGACUGACGUCACGCCUGCCAUUCCGUCAAACGAACUCAAAAGGGCUGGAUGUUGGAAAAAAUGUUUGUAUUUUGGCCGUUGUCUUUUGAGACGCAUUCCUAUCCAGCUCUGGCAAUUUCUGUUGCUAUGCAAGUCGCCCUAGUAAAUAUGUAAUAAAUUACUAUUAAGAAUGA